AUAUUUAGGCGAAAAAGAAGACCAAAGUUAGGGAAGUAAAAAAAAGAAAGAAAAGAGACAAAUCCCACCAGUCGUGUCUUCUUGUUCAUCCUCUGUUUCCUUCUCACUGUUCUUUACCUUACUUAAAGUCGCAAACUUUGCUUCAAAUUCAACCCAUCUCUCAUCUUCCCCUUCGCAACCAAAUCUCCAACCAAAUCAAUCUCUCUGGCCUAAUGGAAGGCGGUUCCGGUAUUGGCUCGGCUUCGACUUUGUUAAACGAUGAAAACCUCGUCGUUUCUUCAGAGGAUUCUUCUUCUCCGACAGAGAACGGUCUGGAGCUUCGUCUUACGUUGAGCCUAGGUCGAAAAGGGUAUCGAGAUUAUAGGGCUUCUCACGCUGAUGAUUCUUCUUCUUCUUCAUCGUCAUCACCUUCUUCCUUGAGCAGAGCUAGCGUCACUGCUGGGAUCAAGAGAACAGCUGAUUCCAUGGCACCUACUAGUGGGCAAGUUGUGGGGUGGCCACCAAUAAGGACGUACAGGAUGAACAGUAUGGUUAACCAAGCCAAGACAUUGGCUAUGGAAGAUCCACAACAAGUAAACAAGAUUACAAGUGAUGCAACAAAGAUGAGAAGUUCGAUGUUUGUGAAGGUGACUAUGGAUGGUAUUCUCAUUGGAAGGAAAAUCGAUCUGAACGCUCAUAAUUGCUAUGAAUCCUUGACCAACACUCUCGAAGAUAUGUUUCUCAAACCCAACACAGGUUCAAGCACACAAGAAACAGAUGGUCAUAUGGAAACAAAGGCCAAGAUACUACCAGAUGGGUCUUCUGGAUUAGUACUAACGUAUGAAGACAAGGAAGGAGAUUGGAUGCUUGUUGGUGAUGUUCCGUGGAGAAUGUUUAUUGGUUCUGUGAAAAGGCUCCGAAUCAUGAAAACAUCAGAGGCUACUGGCGCAGCUAAAAUGAACUUAUAA